CAACGCACAGACCAGCAUCACCUCCCCCUGGUUCUCCACUGCCUUUGGCCUCAUCGGCCUCUGCUCCAACCUCUUCGCCCUCUGUGCCCUGCUCAGCUCCUCCCGCAAGCUCUCCAGCCGGGCCCGCUCCUCCUUCCUCAUCUUCCUCUGCGGGCUGGUGAUUACGGACUUCAUGGGGCUGCUGGUGACAGCCUCGGUCAUCAUCCCCUAUCACUUCAUCAAGUUUCCCUGGGCCAAGGUGGACUCCAACUGCCACCUCUGCAACUUCCUUGGCUUUUCCAUGGUCUUCUUCGGGCAGUGCCCGCUGCUGCUGGGGGCCACCAUGGCUGGCGAGAGGUUUUUCGGCAUCAACCACCCCUUCUCCCGCUCCACCAGCAUCUCCAAGCGCCGCGCCUGCUGCCUCACCCUCCUGCCCGACACCGGCAACAUCAUCUUCUGCCUCCUCUUCGCCCUGCUGGGCAUCUUCUCCGUGCUGCUCUCCUUCAUCUUCAACACAGUCAGCGUGGUGACACUCUGCCGUGUCUACCAUGACCGGGAGUCGGUGCAGCGGCGCCGGGACAGCGAGGUGGAGAUGAUGGUGCAGCUCGUGGGCAUCAUGAUCAUCGCCACCAUCUGCUGGAUGCCCCUCCUG